AUGCCUGCAACCAAGACCUCGGCCGUGGCCGACGAGCAGGAGCCCAUCAACGUCCUGUUCGCUCUCCACCCAAAGUUUGACUUGCUUGACUUUGCCGGCCCCGUCGAGGUCUUUUCCACAGCUCUUCACGAUAGAGAUGAUCCAUCCUCCAGAGCCUUCGAGAUCACCCUCGCGAGCAGCGAGCCCCAGGUCCUGAGCGAGCAGGGCAUCAUCGUAAACUCCCACAUCACCUUCAAGGAAGCCCACGACAACCUGGAGGACUACGACGUCCUGGUCGUCCUGGGCGGCAACAUGCUCUCCCUCGUCAAGACCGAGGACCAGCCCGCCGGCCUGAUCGUCGACUUCUCCGAGCUCCAGAAGAAGGAGCCGGCCCGCGAGCGCACCCUCCUCUCCGUCUGCACCGGUUCCCUCCUCCUGGCCAAGGAGGGCAUCCUCUCGGGCCUCUCGGCCACCACCCACCCCGACUUCCUCACCACCUUUGAGAAUCUGUGCAGCGACGCCGCCACCCGCAACCUCCAAGAGCGCACGGACAUCGUCGAGGAUGCCCGCUACGUCGUCAACAACCUCCGCUUCGACCUCGACGGGGAGGACUCUAGCCCUUAUAUCCGUCGCAAGUCAGACUCGGGAAGGCGCCCUUCCAAUGCUAGAAAGGGAAGCAUGUCCUGGAAGGACUCCAACAGCCGUCGCGAGUCCAUCGUCCGUCGCGCAGCCAUGCGUCUCGGCGGUCUCCGCGUCAUCACGUCCGGAGGCAACAGCGCCGGCAUAGACGCGGCCCUCUACCUCGUCAGCGCCAUGGUCGACGAGGAGUGCGCCUUCGCCGUCUCCAGGAUGAUGCAGUGGAACUGGACCAAGGGAGUCGUCGUUGACGGACUGGAUGUUUAG